AGCAAGACUGGACACCAUGGUGGUCGUGCGACUAUGCCAGGAAGGAGCGACGGGGGGAGCGGCGAGAUGUCCACUAAGAUCCACGGACGAGAUCGGCGAGGGAACCCUGAGGCAUGCAUUUCGCCACAACGGCGACGACGUGCGGCUGUGCGUUUCUGAGACGCAUGAGAACGAGCUGGAGUGGAUCAAGGACAGGGACACGCAGCUGCUGAUGGAUGGGCUGAUGGCGAUGGAGACAGCUGACGACGUGCGAUUGCUGCACAAGUUCAUCUCCCAGUCGAAGGACGUGUCCCCUACCCUUGACAGCAUCCCCAACCUCGCUAGUCCGCCCUCGGCAUCCAAAGGGAAGAAGUCGGCCACCUCGAGCAUGCUGAGAGACUACGUGAAGAGGAAGGUACACGACAGGCUGGUGAGCAAGGGGAUGGUGAGCAAGAGGAAGGAGGCGCAGGACGCCGCCUCCUCCUCCUCCUCCUCGUCCGACAGCUCGAGGCGGCACAACCUGAAGAAGGCGCUCUACAGAAAGAUCGAGAACAGGAUCCAGACCAUGAGGGCCGAGGGCCCGCGGCUGGUGAUGAAACAAGUAGGAGGCGAUGGCAGCGGGCGGUAAUACCGACCUCUCCUCCGAUGCUCCCGCGCUCCCCUUGCCGACUCUUGUUGUUUUGUAAUCUUGUGCUUCUCCUUCCUCCCCCCUGUGUCAAAGUAAAGUUUUCUCUGUUUC